UUAUUAAAGAAAUAACUUUGUUUUAAUAUAAUUUUGCAGAACGAGUUAUAUAAUGUUCAAUGUUACGCCCACAAUGUGGAUUUUUUUGUGAUGCUAUUUUGUAUAUAAAAACAGAUACAACUAAUUACAUCCAGCAGACGUGUACUUACCAACCUACAUCACACAAGGCGAUCAUAAUAUACCCGCCAAAUUACUAUCUACUAAACACAUAUACAUAAUAUUGUUCAACAGUUCAAGAUCAAAUUCACCAGACUACACAUCUUAGAAUUUCACGCAUGUGUUAAAAUAAAACUAAACAAAAUGGAAGAAAGCAUACCAGCUGAAUCGUUUAGGAAUGGGACUAUUUUUGUUACCGGAAGUACGGGGUUUUUGGGGAAAAUACUCACUGAAAAAUUGCUCAGAUCUUGUUCAAUGAAAAAAAUUGCACUGCUUGUUAGAAGUAAGAAAAGACUCAAUUCAAGUCAAAGGGUAGCAGAUAUCUGCAAUCAAUCUAUGUUUGACCGCCUUCGAAUUGAAAAGCCCGACUUCAUGACUAAGAUAAAAAUUAUUGAUGGAGAUUUGGAACAACCCUCACUAGGUUUAUCACCAAGAGAUCAUGAUUGGUUGAUAGAAAAUGUGAAUUUUGUUUUUCACUGUGCUGCAACAAUCAAAUUCAAUGAAACCCUUCCAAUAGCAUUAAGUAUAAAUAUUCAAGGAACAGAGAAUCUAUUAGAACUAGCAACUAAAAUGAAUAAUCUUAAGGGUUUCGUUCAUGUAUCAACCGCUUAUUCGCAUUGCCCGAGAAGUGAAAUCAACGAACAAUUCUAUCCAGUUUCAAUAUCAGCCAAAGAAUUAAAAAAAUUAAUUAAACGAGAUGAAAACACGCAUAACGUUUCGGUAGAUUGGCCAAAUACAUACACUUUUACUAAAGCGCUAAUAGAAAAUGUAAUAUCAACAAAUGAAAAUAAAUUGCCGAUCUCAAUAUUUCGUCCUUCAAUUAUAGGGUGCACAAAAUCUGAACCGGAACCAGGUUGGGUGGAUAAUAUGAAUGGAGUAUCUGGCAUAAUUUCUCCCUUAAUCGUCGGUAUUUUAAGAACAGUUCAAUUGUCCACGGAUAAAAUUUCUGAUAUUGUCCCAGUUGACUACACUGUCAAUGCACUGAUUAGUGUAAUGUGGGAUACAGUAAAUAGACAUCGAGAUGGUAACAAAAAAAAUAAGGAACCAAAAAUUUAUAACUACGUGUCUAGUGUAGAAAGCUCAGUACAUUGGGAAAAAAUCAUACAAUACACGUUUGAAACAUACCACCAGGUGCCACCGUUGGAAUCGAUGUGGUAUAUAUUUUGUAUAUUUUCUGCCAAUCGAUGGGUCGUUAAUAUUUUGAGAUUUUUUUUACACCGGAUACCUGGUGCGCUUGUAGAUUUGUCAUUCAUUAUUCGUGGCGAAAAUCCUAAAAUGCUGAAAAUUUACAAAAAAAUAGAAAAUAUGACUGAUUUACUUAAAGAUUUUACAACGUGUGAAUGGAAAUUUGACAACAGCAAUACUCGAGAAUUAUGGUCGUCACUAAGUCAAGAGGAUCGCAAGACAUUUUGGUUCAGUUUCGAAGAAUUUGAUUGGAAAUCAUACAUACAAUGUACCGUUUACGGGAUUAGGAAACACAUUUUACAUGAAGACUUAAGUAACACGACGAGAGCAUUGUCAAAAAAUCGAAAGUUAUUUUGGUUGCAUCUGUUGUGUAUUUUCCUUAUUAUAUACAUCGUAUUCCAAGUAUAUUGGAUGUUUAUGACAUAAUCCACAGAGACUUAAUAGAUUUACUAAUAAAUAAUAAUGAUUUAAUAUUAAUAAUUUGUUUUUAUUUAAAAUCUUGUUUUGACAAAUUUGACUUCACAGGAAUACAGGCCUUGUGGCUUGUAGCUCCUAGAGGCCGCAUCGAACUCCGA